AUGGCCAGCCCAGCGCCCAACCUCUACAGCUUCCCCAACAAUGACGAGCUGGCCAAACAAUUACGGCCUUACGUCCUCCGCAACCAGAAUGCCGCGCUGAGCCGCCACGAGACCUUCCGCAUUGCGGUCUCCGGGGGCUCCCUCCCUACGGUUCUCGCCAAAGCCCUCCUGGCUCCCGGUAACGGAACUCCCGAAGACACCGCUCAGUUUUCCAGCUGGGACAUUUUCUUCGCCGAUGAACGCGCCGUGCCUCUCGACCACGAAGACAGCAACUACCGCCUAUUGAAGGAUGAGCUGCUGAGCAAGAUCCCGGCGGAACUGGGCACCCCCCGUGUGCACACCAUCGACCCGGCCCAUGUCAACGACGAAGAUCCCCAAGAGCUGGCAGAUCUGUACCAGGAGGAACUCAUGCGCAUCUUCGCGUCCAAGGACAGCGUCAAGCUGCCCGUGUUCGACCUGAUCCUUCUGGGUUGCGGCCCGGAUGGCCACACCUGCAGUCUCUUCCCCGGCCACGAGCUGUUGCGCGAAAAGGACUCCUGGGUCGCUGCCAUCAGCGAUUCGCCCAAGCCUCCUCCCAAGCGUAUCACGCUCACUCUGCCGGUCGUCACCCACGCCGUCAACGUCGCCUUCGUGGCCACUGGAGGUGGAAAGAAGGAGAUCAUGAAGCAGAUUUUCGAUGCGGAGGAGGGUCGCAGCCUUCCCUCGGCCCUGAUCAACCAGGGCGCCGGGGAGAAGGUGAGCUGGUUCACCGACCACGCGGCGGUGGACGGAGUCGCCUUCCCUCGACGAGGAAGCCUGUAA